CUUUUAAGACUAAUGAAGAAAAUACUUCCUAUGAAGAGUAAAAAGUACUCAAUUCUGGGAAAACUCUUAAAGCACUUCUAACUUCAAAGUGGAAGAAAAGUAUGAAGGAACAAUCCAUCUGACUCCCUCAGCAUCUCUCACAGAACACAAAAUGGCUCUUCAGAAAAAAACUGUUGCUGGUGUCUUGGAGGAGUGGUGUUUAGAGGAACCUCUGUUCGGUUGCAAAUGGCACCAGAAUGUUAGGAAAAAAUUGAGACUGAUACGAAUUAUAGGGCUUCUUGUCAGUGUAGUGGCCAUUAGUACUUUCUCUCUUUCAAUUAGUGCCUUUUUCAAGAUGGAACCACAUAGCAUGGUGUUGGCCAGCAGCCUAGAUAGCCAAAAGCUGGUGCAUGGGCACCAAAGAACUCUGUUGGAUUUCACGGAGCAGAAUGAAAAUGGCACUCCAGACCCACACACUUCUAUGAAAUAUGAAGCUGAGCACGACAAUGCAACAGAUGAUCAUGCCAAGGGAGAGUACCCCAAGGACCUUUUCUCUCUUGAGGAGAGAAGAAAGGGAGCGGUGAUCCUCCAUGUAACUGGAAUGAUUUACAUGUUUAUAGCCUUAGCCAUAGUCUGCGAUGAGUUCUUUGUUCCUUCCUUGACUGUCAUCACUGAAAAACUGGCCAUAUCUGAUGAUGUGGCAGGGGCAACCUUCAUGGCUGCUGGUGGGUCAGCCCCAGAACUCUUCACUUCUUUAAUAGGAGUGUUCAUAUCCCACAGCAAUGUCGGCAUUGGUACAAUAGUGGGAUCUGCCGUGUUCAAUAUCCUGUUUGUUAUUGGAAUGUGUGCUUUAUUUUCUACAGAGAUCUUGAACCUUACUUGGUGGCCACUCUUUCGAGAUGUGUCCUUUUACAUCAUUGACUUGAUCUUGCUAAUCAUCUUUUUUCUGGAUAACUUGAUCAUGUGGUGGGAAAGCUUAACACUCCUGACAGCGUAUUUUUGCUAUGUGACUUUCAUGAAGUUCAAUGUUCAAGUAGAAGAAUGGGUGAAGAAAUUUUUAAACAGGAACAAGGUUGAGAAGGUAACAACAGCAGACGCUGAAGGAAAGCCCUGUAUGAGUCGUUCAGAAGAGACACAAUCCAAUGAUAUAAGUGUACAGGCAUAUAAACAGGAGGAUAGAGACGGAGCACAUGUAACUACAGAGAGGGGCUGCCUGCCUGUGACUCAACAGAAAACUGAUUAUUCUGCCUAUAUGCCUAACUUUGAAGAAAGAGAUUGA